CCAGGCCUUGAUUGUAUGUUUGAAACAGUUCUGCAAGUGCCCAUUAGAUGUCACUACUUGGCCAGCUUGUGCCGUAAAGGACAUUCGUGUGACGUUGAAGCUUACGUUUCUGUGCACUUCACCAUUAGACUGUUCACUGUAUUCACUCUGGUGCGUUCUUGCAGCUUAUCAGUACAUUCCAUGGGAAACAGUACAAGCAGGCUGUAUAGCGCUUUUGCUAAGACACUAAGCAGCAGCGCAGUCUCCCACCAUCGGGAAUAUUUGGAGCAGUCUGACGCGGAACAGCUGGAUCCCAUAGAUCCUAAGGAGCUGCUUGAAGAAUGCCAGGUGAUUCUUCAGAAGCGCCCUCCCCGUCUCCAGAGAGACUUUGUGGACCUGAGGACAGAUUCCAUCAGCAGCCAUCGCUCCAUUAGGGUCAUGCAGUGGAACAUUCUUGCACAAGCUCUUGGGGAGGGCAAGGACAACUUCAUCCAGUGUCCCAUGGAAGCUCUCAAUUGGGAAGAGAGGAAAUGUCUCAUUCUGGAGGAAAUCCUUGCCUACAAACCAGAUAUCUUGUGCCUGCAGGAAGUGGACCACUACUUUGACACUUUCCAGCCACUUCUCAGCCGAUUAGGUUACCAGUCUACUUUCUUCCCAAAACCCUGGUCCCCAUGCUUAGAUGUUGAACAUAACAAUGGCCCAGAUGGCUGCGCCUUGUUUUUCCUGAAAGACCGUUUUGAACUAAUCAACAGUGUUAAUAUUCGGCUAACUGCAAUGAAGCUAAAAACCAACCAAGUGGCCAUAGCUCAAACGCUAAAAUGUAACGAAACUGAGAAGCUGUUCUGCAUUGCUGUCACUCACUUGAAAGCUCGAACUGGUUGGGAGAGAUUUCGAUCUGCGCAAGGCUGUGAUCUUCUUCAGAACCUCAGAAAUAUUACCCAAGGAGCAGAGAUCCCUUUAAUCAUCUGUGGAGACUUCAAUGCUGAGCCCACUGAGGAAGUGUACAAGGAGUUCUCCAACUCCAGCCUCAACCUGAACAGCGCUUACAAACUCCUCAGUGCCGAUGGGCAGUCCGAACCACCUUACACUACGUGGAAGAUCCGGCCCUCUGGAGAGUGCAGGCACACACUGGAUUAUAUCUGGUAUUCCCAGCAUGCCUUGCAUGUGAACUCAGCGCUUAACUUGUUGACUGAAGAACAAAUUGGACCCAACAGGCUGCCAUCAUUCAAUUACCCUUCAGACCACCUGUCUUUGGUGUGUGACUUCAGCUUUAAUCAAGAGCCUGACAGGCUUUUGUAAUUGGCUUGAACUCAAUA